CCGGCAACGCUGGGCUGCGGCGGCGGCGGGGGCGCGGGGAGUGACAGCGGGGCCUGAGCGGAUCGGCGCUGCCCCAUGGCGGCCGCCCGGCUCGGCGGCCCGCCCGCCUGGCGGUGACUCGGGCUCCCCCUCCCGCCCCUCCUCCCGCUCCGCCGCCUCCUCCAGCGCCGCUCGCCCAGCCCGGGCCCGGCCCAGCCGCCUGCCGCCGAGCCCGAUGCGCAGCCGGGAACCGCGCGGGGGCCAUGACGGUGGAGCAGAACGUGCUGCAGCCCGGCGGCGCCGCCAAGCACCAGCAGACGUUUUUGAAUCAGCUGAGGGAGAUCACUGGUAUCAAUGACAUCCAGGUACUACAACAGGCACUGAAGGACAGCAAUGGUAAUUUGGAGUUGGCUGUGGCUUUCCUCACUGCGAAGAAUGCCAAGGUGCCCCAGCAAGAGGAGGCAACUUACUAUCAGACAGCUCUUCCUGGAAAUGACAGAUACAUCAGUGUGGGCAGCCAGGCAGACACGAAUGUGAUUGAUCUCACUGGAGAUGAUAAAGAUGAUCUUCAGAGGGCAAUUGCCUUGAGUUUGGAGGAAUCAAACAGGGCAUUCAGGGAGACUGGAAUAACAGAUGAGGAACAAGCCAUUAGCAGAGUUCUAGAAGCCAGUAUUGCAGAAAAUAAAGCAAGUUUAAAGAGGACGCAUCCAGAGGUAUGGAGUGACUCUCCAAACCCUUAUGAUCGAAAACGGCAAGACAACUGUCCAGUAGGAUUAAAGAAUGUUGGAAACACGUGCUGGUUCAGUGCUGUCAUUCAGUCAUUAUUUAACCUACUGGAAUUUCGAAGACUAGUUUUGAAUUUCAAUCCUCCUGCAAAUGCUCAAGACUUGCCCCGAAACCAAAAGGAACAUAGGAAUCUGCCUUUCAUGCGUGAAUUGAGGUACCUGUUUGCACUUCUAGUUGGUUCAAAGAGAAAAUAUGUCGACCCAUCUAGAGCGGUUGAGAUUCUUAAAGAUGCUUUUAAAUCAAAUGAUUCCCAACAGCAAGAUGUUAGUGAAUUUACACACAAAUUAUUAGAUUGGUUAGAAGAUGCCUUCCAAAUUAAAGCUGAAGAAGAGAGGGAUGGAGAGAAACCAAAGAACCCAAUGGUGGAGUUGUUUUAUGGACGAUUUCUAGCAGUUGGUGUACUUGAAGGUAAAAAAUUUGAAAACACAGAAAUGUUUGGCCAGUAUCCACUCCAGGUUAAUGGCUUUAAAGAUCUGCAUGAGUGCCUAGAAGCUGCAAUGAUAGAAGGGGAAAUUGAAUCUCUCCAUUCAGAAAACUCUGCAAAGUCUGGUCAAGAGCACUGGUUCACUGAGCUUCCUCCUGUCUUAACUUUUGAGCUAUCAAGAUUUGAAUUUAAUCAGGCUUUGGGGAGACCAGAGAAGAUACACAACAAAUUAGAAUUUCCUCCAAUUUUAUACCUGGACAGGUAUAUGCACAAAAACAGAGAAAUAACAAGAAUUAAACGGGAUGAAAUCAAGAGACUCAAAGAGUAUCUCACAGUUUUACAACAGAGAUUAGAACGAUAUUUAAGCUAUGGUUCUGGUCCUAAACGAUUCCCCUUGGUAGAUGUCCUGCAGUAUGCCUUGGAGUUUGCCUCCAGCAAACCGGUGUGCACAUCUCCAGUGGAUGACCUGGGUGCUAGUGCCCCCUCCAGUGGGACGCUGCCUGCCCAGACCUCACCCAGCACAAUAGAUCAGCAGGGGCCUUCCUCUUCAGAUGUUCCAAGCACAUCUCCUGUACAAAGAUCAGUAAUACAUAAACCAUUCACACAAUCACGAAUUCCUCCUGAUCUGCCAAUGCAUCCAGCACCAAGGCACAUCACUGAGGAAGAGCUUUCCGUCCUAGAAGGCUGUCUACAUCGCUGGAGGACUGAAGUAGAAAAUGACACUAGAGAUUUACAAGAAAGUAUAGCUAGAAUACAUCGAACAAUUGAAUUGAUGUACUCUGACAAAACAAUGGUCCAAGUUCCUUAUAGAUUACAUGCUGUGCUAGUUCAUGAAGGUCAAGCUAAUGCAGGACACUACUGGGCAUAUAUUUAUGACCACCAUCAGAGCAGAUGGAUGAAGUACAAUGACAUUUCUGUGACAAAGUCAACUUGGGAAGAGUUGGAACGGGACUCUUUUGGUGGUUACAGGAAUGCCAGUGCAUACUGUUUAAUGUAUAUCAAUGAUAAGGAACAGUACUUGAUACAAGAGGAGUUUAAUAAAGAAACGGGACAGAUACUUCUAGGAAUGGACACACUACCUUCUGAUCUAAGGGAUUAUGUCAAGGAAGACAAUAAACGUUUUGAAAAAGAACUAGAAGAAUGGGAUGCAGAACUUGCUCAGAAGGCACAGCAGGAAAAGUUGCUAUCUCAGAUUCCCAGGGCACCAGCACCCUCACCUGCACCAGUUCAAGCAGGAGAACCAGAAUAUUUAGAGCAGCCAUCAAGAACUGAUCUUUCAAAGCACUUAAAAGAAGAUUCUGUACAAGCGAUCAAUAAAGCUUUAGCUGAACAAGAAGAUAGAGGUCCUGAAGCUAUAAUGGAUACGAGCUCUGGUAAUGCCCCAGCUCCACCAGCUCCUAACCAGCGAGUUGUAGAGGUGGCGAUCCCUGAUGUAGGGACUUUUGUGAUUGAGUCAGAGGAGGGGGGUUAUGACGAUGAGGUCAUGCUGACCCCGAACAUGCAAGGUAUUAUCAUGGCUAUAGGUAAAGCCAGGAAUGUUUAUGACAGGUGUGGGCCAGAAGCAGGGUUCUUUAAGGCAAUUAAAUUGGAAUAUGCACGACUGCUAAAAUUAGCCCAGGAGGAUCCACCACCUGAAUGUGAUUAUCGUUUGCGUCAUGCAAUUGUUUACUUCAUCCAGAACCAGGCACCAAAGAAGAUAAUUGAGAGAACGUUACUGGAGCAGUUUGGAGAUCACAAUCUUAGCUUUGAUGAAAGGUGCCGUAACAUAAUGAAAGUUGCUCAAGCUAAGCUUGAAAUGAUAAAACCAGAUGAAGUAAACAUGGAAGAAUAUGAGAGAUGGCAUCAAGACUAUAGAAAUUUCAGGGAAACAACCAUGUUUCUCAUGGUAGGAUUGGAGUUUUUCCAAAAAAAGAGCUAUAUGGAAGCCUUGCUCUACCUUAUCUAUGCUUACCAGAAUAACAAAGAACUCUUGUCCAAAGGCCCAUACAGAGGGCAUGAUGAAGAGCUGAUAUCUCACUACAGACGAGAAUGUUUGCUAAAACUAAAUGAACAUGCUGCAGCACUGUUUGAAUCAGGAGAUGAUCAGGAAGUAAAUAAUGGCCUGAUCAUUAUGAAUGAGCUUAUUGUCCCAUGUUUGCCAUUACUACUGGUGGAUGAGAUGGAAGAAAAAGAUAUUGUUGCUGUGGAAGAUAUGAGAAACCGUUGGUGUUCAUAUCUUGGACAAGAAAUGGAACCUAACUUGCAAGAAAAGCUGACAGAUUUCCUGCCAAAACUGUUAGAUUGUUCUACAGAGAUUAAAGGUUUCAAUGACCCGCCAAAGUUACCCUCCUACUCCACACAUGAACUGUGUGAAAGAUACGCCCGAAUCAUGAUGUCACUCAGUCGAACUCCAGCUGAUGGAAGAUAAAUUCUGCAGCCUUCCUGAGCACAUUGUAUAAACUUUUUUAGUUCUUAAACCUUGCCUUCCUGUCACAGGGUUUGCUUGUUGCUGCUAUAGUUUUUAACUUUUUUAUUUUAAUAACUGCAAAAGAGAAAUGACUGUACAAACUUUAGCCAGACUGCAAACAAUUAAAGCUGAGAAUCGCAUGGCACUCAGUCGUUUCAACCAGAAUUGAUGCAACAUGCAAGUCUGAUCAUUACGGCAAAACUGCUUUUUUGCCACUUAUCUGUUACAGUAUUACUUUGCUUUUAUCUUAAGAUCCUUUACUUUAUCAACAGCUGUCUGGAUCAUUUUGUGACUGCAACUACUUUAAGUGUCCAGUGCUGUGUAAAUACAUGGUACUUGGUAGCUUGUAAAUGAAAUGAAAGAAUAAAGUUUUAUUUAUGGCUA